CCGCCACCCAGGACUCAUCUCCUCUCUCCUUCCCAGCUAUGACUGAGUUGCAGCACUUUGGCUGAGCCUCGCUGGGUUAUUCCGGGAUCCUACCCGCCACCCUUUGCCAAAGAUCCGGCAAAAGAAGAGGGAAGCGUUUUCUCUUUCUCCUCUUCCUUUCUCUUUUAAAUAUUUUUCUUUCUUUCUUUCUUUAAGAGAAGGGUUGAGAGAAGACAUAUUUAGUGUAAGGGAUCGCCUGGCACCCAGAGCCCUAUCUCUGAGAACCCCAUCAGCCACAUCUCUCUCUCUCCUUCCCCGACCCCUUUCCCAUACGGGGUCGCUCCAGUUGGAGAAACGAUCAUGAACCGUUUGGUGGCCGUCUGGUUCUUGUUGGGUCUGAGCUUCUGCGUCCCUCAAUUCACCAAAGGUGAUAUUUGUGACUCCAACCCAUGUGAAAAUGGAGGAAUCUGUUUGACAGAACUGGCCGAUGAAUCUUUUUCCUGUGCAUGCCCAGAUGGCUUCACAGAUCCCAACUGCUCUAGUGUUGUGGAGGUUGCAUCAGAUGAAGAAGAGCCAACUUCAGCAGGUCCCUGCCUUCCUAACCCAUGUCAUAAUGGGGGAACAUGUGAAAUCAGUGAAGCUUACCGAGGGGAUACAUUCAUAGGAUAUGUGUGUAAAUGUCCUAAAGGAUUUAAUGGGAUCCACUGUCAGCACAAUAUAAAUGAAUGUGAAUCAGAGCCCUGUAAGAAUGGUGGGAUCUGUACAGACCUUGUUGCCAACUAUUCCUGUGAGUGCCCUGGUGAAUUUAUGGGAAGAAACUGUCAGUACAAAUGUUCUGGCCCCUUGGGAAUUGAAGGAGGGAUCAUAUCCAACCAGCAAAUCACAGCUUCAUCUACCCACCGAGCACUUUUUGGGCUGCAAAAAUGGUACCCUUACUAUGCACGCCUUAACAAGAAGGGGCUUGUAAAUGCUUGGACUGCUGCGGAAAAUGACAGGUGGCCAUGGAUUCAGAUAAAUUUACAAAGGAAGAUGAGAGUCACUGGAGUUAUCACCCAAGGAGCUAAGAGGAUUGGAAGCCCAGAAUACAUAAAAUCCUACAAAAUUGCAUACAGUAAUGAUGGAAAGACUUGGGCAAUGUAUAAAGUAAAAGGAACCAAUGAAGACAUGGUGUUCCAUGGAAAUGUGGACAACAAUACACCCUAUGCCAACUCUUUCACUCCUCCAAUAAAAUCUCAAUAUGUCCGACUGUAUCCCCAAGUAUGUCGGAGACACUGUACUUUGAGGAUGGAGCUUCUUGGUUGUGAACUAUCAGGUUGUUCUGAGCCUCUGGGAAUGAAAUCAGGACAUAUACAAGACUAUCAGAUUACUGCUUCCAGCAUCUUCAGGACUCUCAACAUGGAUAUGUUCACUUGGGAACCCAGGAAAGCCCGGCUAGAUAAACAGGGAAAAGUGAACGCCUGGACCUCAGGCCACAAUGACCAGUCACAAUGGCUUCAGGUGGACCUUCUAGUCCCUACCAAGGUGACUGGCAUCAUUACUCAAGGAGCUAAAGAUUUUGGUCAUGUACAAUUUGUAGGUUCCUAUAAAUUGGCAUAUAGCAAUGAUGGAGAACAUUGGACUGUAUAUCAAGAUGAAAAACAAAGAAAAGAUAAGGUUUUCCAGGGCAAUUUUGACAAUGACACACACCGAAAAAAUGUCAUUGACCCUCCCAUCUAUGCACGGCACAUAAGGAUCCUUCCUUGGUCCUGGUAUGGCAGGAUCACCUUGAGGUCAGAGCUGCUGGGCUGCACCGAGGAGGACUAACAAUGCCCAGUGCUUGGAAACUCUGUUCUCUAUAUUCUGAAAAAGUAUCUCCAUAGAACAAACUGUGCAAAACCUGUAGGAAACUGAAUGUUUUGUUUUGUUUUGUUUUUUUUCAUGAACAAAUGCUCAAUUUAUGGUAGGCCACUAACUGUCUUUUGUUAAGAGGUCUAAGCCUGCCCUUUAAAUGGUUCAACCUGAUUUUUGUUCUUUUGAUCUGUUCACGUAUAUAUUCCCUCUAACUGUAGAAUUACCUUUCUCAUAUUCUUCUGUGUUGUUCACACUGGUUGAAAUAUACUAGGAAGGGAGAGUAGUGUCCUUUUUUUUUUUUUUUACAGGAAAGGCGGGAUAUUCUGAUUGCCUCAGUGUGGAGGUGGAGAAAGUAAGUUGAAACUAGCAUCCUACUUGUAAAAAAAAGAAAAAGAACACU